GAGAAACUUAUCAUUGUCGCAACGGUAGGGGACUCUAUACUUUGCCUACUUUUCCACAACGGUAGAGAGAUUGGCAAAUAAAUACAUUUUAAAUACCAAAAACCAAACUAUAUUCAAUCAACUAAUUAUUAUUUUAUUAGUAUUACGUAUAUUUCUAAAUCAAAAUAAAAAUUGGGAAGAGAAGUUGCUUCAGAGUCGCGAGAGGUUUUUCCAUUCAUAUCAUAAAAAUCGAUUCUUUCAGAGAUUUUCUUCUUCAACUUCGUGGUACUCUUUUGCUUUACCCAUUUUUCAAUGUCUUACGAUGAGAUGCUUUCUGCUGCGAAGAAAGCUGUUUCUCUCGCUGCUCGUCUCAGCAACGAAGUGAGGAAAUCUCUGUUGGUAACUGACGUUUGGAACAAAUCAGAUGAUAGUCCUGUUACUGUUGCUGAUUAUGGUUCGCAGGCGGUGGUUAGCCUUGUACUGGAAAGGGAACUCCAGAAUGAACCUGUGUCUUUAGUGGCUGAAGAGGAUUCUGGUGAGUUAAGGAAGAUUGCUGCUGAGACCGUUUUGGCUCGUAUUACAGAGCUUGUCAAAGAUACUCUUGCAAGUGAUGAAUCAUAUGCUAUUGCUUCUCCUUUGACUUCGGAUGAUGUGCUCAACGCUAUAGAUCGUGGUAAAUCAGAAGGAGGUCCUAAGGGUCGCCACUGGAUCUUGGAUCCUAUUGGUGGCACUAGAGGAUUUAUAAGAGGAGAACAAUAUGCAAUAGGAUUAGCAUUGUUGGUGGAAGGCAAAGUAGUACUAGGUGUAAUGGCUUGUCCUAAGCUUCCAUUGGCAUCAACUGCUGGUAAUGCACUCAAGUCUUUACCUGAAAAAGUUGGUUGCCUUUUCUAUGGUUCGGUUGGCAAUGGGACUUAUGUCCAGUCUCUCAGUGUCGACUCUCUUCCUGCGAAGGUGGAGGUUAGCAGCAUAGAUGAUCCUGCGAAAGCGAGUUUCUUCGAGUCAUACCACACACCUGUCCCCAUCCAUAACACCAUUGCUACGAAAUUGGGGAUAAAAGAAUCUCCAAUCAAGAUCAACAGCCAGACUAAGUAUGCAGCUUUAUCUAGAGGAGAUGGAGAGGUUUACUUGAGGUUUACUCGCAAAGCAAGACCCGAAUCAAUAUGGAAUCACGCUGCUGGCUCAAUCAUUGUUUCAGAAGCAGGAGGGAAAGUGACUGAUGCAGCAGGGAAUCCAUUGGACUUUUCGAAAGGGAAGUAUCUUGAUUACAAGAGAGGAAUCGUCGUUACGACGCAGAAACUGUUGCCAAGGCUUUUAACAGCAGUAAGAGAAUCAAUUAAAGAAGAAGAAGAGGAAGAAGAAAAAGCUGCUUCUCUAAAACUUCACUAACACGCAACUGUAAUAUACUUAUUAUUGUUGUCUUUGGGUAUACUCUGUUGUCUCUGUGUUUUUCACAGUCUAUUUAUUGAAAACCAGAAACAAAAAAAAAACUCACCUUUGAUAUAUAUAAGAAACACUAAUUCUCUUUUGAAUAUAGUUUUUGAUGUUACGAAG